AGAGGAGAGAAAAUAGAGAUGAUGGUGGACAUUUAUGAAAGUUUAGAUUCUAUAAGAAAUCAUGAACACAUGAUAAACACAGAGAGACAGCAAGAGCUUCAACACACAGGAAGUGUUUCAGUGAAGAACAGAAGACACAGAGCAGUUCAAGUGUGUUUGUGGUUGUUGUGUGUUCUUUUGUUGACUGCUGUAAUAGUGCUCUGUGUGUAUUUCACCUCUGACAGAAAACACUUAACACACAAAUGUAACUUGACUGAAGAAAGAGAGAAAAUACUUACAGAAUACACUGAGAUACUGAAUCAGAACAGAAACUUGACUGAAGAAAGAGCGCAAAUGAAAAACAAGACUGAUGAACUCCAGGAUGAUUUAACACACAACCAUAACUUGACCAAAGCAAGAGAGAAAAUACUUAUAGAAAACAAUGAGACACUGAAUCAGAACAGAAACUUGACUGAAGAAAGAGAGCAAAUGAAAAACAAGACUGAUGAACUCCAGGAUGAUUUAACACACAACUAUAACUUGACCAAAGAAAGAGAGAAAUUGCCAAAUGAUGUCAAAGAACUAAACACAUGGCAUACUGAAGAUCUGAACUCGAAUAACUCUGAUAAAUGGAUUAAAUACAACUUCAGCUUUUAUUACAUUUCAUCUGAAGAGAAGAGCUGGACUGACAGUAGAGAAGACUGUAAAGAGAGAGGAGCAGAUCUGGUGAUUAUAAAUAGCAUAGAGGAACAAGAAUUUAUGCAGAACGCUACAGCUGGAUAUGGAUUUAAUCCAUUCUGGAUUGGUUUGAGGAAAGAGGAAGGCUUGUGGAAAUGGAUUGAUGAAACCACAUUGAAAACAAGUUUCUGGAUUGAUGGAUACCCCAGAUCUGACAAUCAUUAUUGUGCUCGAACAUCUUCAUCGGGAUGGAGUGAUUUUUCAUGUGAUGCCAAGUAUGGAUGGAUCUGUGAGAAGAGAAUUUGAAAAUCACUCAACACAUGAUACAUAAAAUACUUACUGUAUAUGUUUGUUAGUUUUGUUUAUGGUUAUGCAAUAUGUCGAACAGAGGUGUAAAGAGUACCUGAAAACCAUACUUAAGUAAAAGUACAGAUACCUUGCAGCGAAAAUUACUCCAUUACAAGUUACAAGUCACCAAUUCCAAAUCGACUUCAGUAAAAGUCUUAGAGUAUCUGAUUUUAACAGUACUUGAGUGUUUUACUCAUGAUGAAUUUAGGCUCAAAGAAGCAAUUGUCUUCAACAAUUAAGAGACAUAUCAGUGAAAAAUUAGAAACAGUUGAUUCGAGGAGAGGAGAGGCAAUUGCUGAGGAGAGCAAUCGCAUUUAUUUUCUUAAAUCAUAAUAAGACUGAACACCUCAAAAUUGCCACAAAUCAUGGACAACACCAUAACCUACGUCUAUUACAAACACCCAAGUUUCAUUUAAGCUCAAGUGCUCAUAAGUAAACCAAACUCCUUCAAAAAUGUCUCUUCAAUAUAACGGAUAAAUAAAAUAAUGUUAAGUAAAAUUAGUCACAGCCUUCUUGCACUGGCCAUGCUGGUUUUGGCCGAAUUGCUAGCUGCAGUCAUGUCCUCAUUUCACAUAUUAACCACCAGCAAUUGACAUCUAUACUGCACUAGUAUUCACAAAAAGACAUGUUGACAAGUUUUUGUAAAUUAGGCAAAAUCCACAAGAUUACACACCAUCAAUGCCCUGUAAAUGGCAACAUUUAUUCUUCUGUUGCAAAAAUAAGAUGCUGCAAAAGAAUAUAGGUGCCAUGCAAAAUGUGAUGUGAUGUGUAAUUGCAUUAGUGAUUACAAAUGUAGUGGAGUAAAGAGUACAUAUUUAUAAAAUGUAGUCAAGUAGAGAGUAAAAGUUGCUAAUAACUUCAAUACUCAGUACAACUUCAAAGUAGGCAAAAAGAUACUUAAGUGCAGUAACUAAUUACAUUUCUCCAAUACUUUACACCACUGAUGUUGAAUGUUAAAUAUGUUUCUUUGCCAAUAAAGGUUUUAUUUUUA